AGCGCAUUGCGGCGACCUCGCCUUUCCCGGCCGCGGGCGGGCGCGCGCCGCAGCUGGAAAAGCCGCGAAGACCCAGGGCUGCGCUCUGGUUUGAGAAGCGCCUCGCACGGCGCCGGGUCCCCGGGCUGCAGUCCGGCUCCCGGCGGCGCGCGCGCACGCGCGCGCGCGUGUGUCGGGGCGGGGGGAGCCCCACCGAGACAUGGAGCCGGCUCUGCAAAAGGCUUGAGGCGCCGCCGCCGCCGCCGGUUUCUGGAGAGAGGGGCCACAGAGUCUGGAGACCCCAGACGGAGACACGGGAGCCCUCCCCACCCGCCGCCCCGCCUCCGGGGCACCAGCUUCGGCUCCAUUGUUCCCGCCCGGGCUGGCGGCGCCGAGCUCCGAGCGCCGCCGGGAGUCGAGCGCCGGCCGCUGGGCUCUAGCUGCACCGCUACCAGCCGAUCGCUGCCCCGGGAGCGGCGGGCCGGGGCCGAGGACGCGGGCGCCCGCCCGCCCGCACAAGCCACGGCGGACUCUCCAGAGGCGGGACCGCAGCGCCGAGUGAGAGUCAGUCUGAAAAGGAGGAUUAAGCUCAGAGCUGAGUCUCCAUGGAGGUGUGGAACCUUGUCACCAACCUCUAACUGCAAAACUGGGAUGUGGAGCUGGAAGUGCCUCCUCUUCUGGGCUGUGCUGGUCACAGCCACACUCUGCACUGCCAGGCCGGCCCCAACCCUGCCUGAACAAGCCCAGCCCUGGGGAGCCCCUGUGGAAGUGGAGUCCUUCCUGGUCCACCCUGGUGAUCUGCUGCAGCUUCGCUGUCGGCUGCGGGACGAUGUCCAGAGCAUCAACUGGCUACGGGACGGGGUACAGCUGGUGGAAAGCAACCGUACCCGCAUCACUGGGGAGGAGGUGGAGGUGCGGGAUUCCGUGCCCACCGACUCUGGCCUCUACGCUUGCGUGACCAGUAGCCCCUCGGGCAGCGACACCACCUACUUCUCCGUCAAUGUCUCAGAUGCUCUCCCCUCCUCGGAGGAUGACGACGACGACGAUGACUCCUCUUCAGAGGAGAAAGAGACAGAUAACACCAAACCAAACCGUAUGCCCGUGGCUCCAUACUGGACAUCUCCAGAGAAGAUGGAAAAGAAACUACAUGCCGUGCCAGCUGCCAAGACAGUGAAGUUCAAAUGCCCUUCCAGUGGAACUCCUAAUCCCACUCUACGCUGGUUGAAAAAUGGCAAAGAAUUCAAACCUGACCACAGAAUUGGAGGUUACAAGGUUCGUUAUGCCACCUGGAGCAUCAUUAUGGAUUCUGUGGUGCCAUCCGAUAAGGGGAACUACACCUGCAUUGUGGAGAAUGAGUAUGGCAGUAUCAACCACACCUACCAGCUGGAUGUUGUGGAGCGAUCCCCUCACCGGCCCAUCUUGCAGGCAGGUCUGCCUGCCAACAAGACAGUAGCCCUGGGCAGCAACGUGGAAUUCAUGUGUAAGGUGUACAGUGAUCCUCAACCCCACAUCCAGUGGCUAAAGCACAUCGAGGUGAACGGGAGUAAGAUUGGUCCGGACAACCUGCCUUAUGUUCAGAUCCUGAAGACUGCCGGAGUUAAUACCACCGACAAAGAGAUGGAGGUGCUUCACUUAAGAAAUGUCUCCUUUGAGGACGCGGGGGAGUAUACGUGCUUGGCGGGUAACUCUAUCGGACUCUCCCAUCACUCUGCAUGGUUGACCGUUCUGGAAGCCCUGGAAGAGAGACCGGCAGUGAUGACCUCACCCCUGUACCUGGAGAUCAUCAUCUAUUGCACAGGGGCCUUCCUCAUCUCUUGUAUGGUGGGGUCUGUCAUCAUCUACAAGAUGAAGAGCAACACCAAGAAGAGUGACUUCCACAGCCAGAUGGCCGUGCACAAGCUGGCCAAGAGCAUCCCUCUGCGCAGACAGGUAACAGUGUCAGCUGACUCCAGUGCAUCCAUGAAUUCUGGGGUUCUGCUGGUUCGGCCUUCACGUCUCUCUUCCAGUGGGACUCCCAUGCUAGCUGGGGUCUCUGAAUACGAACUUCCCGAAGACCCUCGUUGGGAACUGCCUCGAGACAGACUGGUUCUAGGCAAACCCCUAGGCGAGGGCUGUUUUGGACAGGUGGUAUUGGCAGAAGCCAUAGGGCUGGACAAGGACAAACCCAACCGUGUGACCAAAGUGGCUGUGAAGAUGUUGAAGUCGGAUGCAACAGAGAAAGACUUGUCUGACCUAAUCUCAGAAAUGGAGAUGAUGAAGAUGAUUGGGAAGCACAAGAACAUCAUCAACCUGCUGGGGGCCUGCACGCAGGACGGUCCCUUGUAUGUCAUCGUGGAAUAUGCCUCCAAGGGCAACCUCCGGGAGUACCUACAGGCUCGGAGGCCUCCUGGGCUGGAAUACUGUUACAAUCCCAGCCACAAUCCAGAGGAGCAGCUCUCCUCCAGGGACCUGGUCUCUUGUGCCUAUCAGGUGGCCCGGGGCAUGGAAUAUCUCGCCUCCAAGAAGUGCAUACACCGAGACCUGGCCGCCAGGAAUGUCUUAGUGACAGAGGACAACGUGAUGAAGAUCGCCGACUUUGGCCUCGCUCGGGACAUUCACCACAUUGACUAUUAUAAAAAGACAACCAAUGGCCGACUACCUGUGAAGUGGAUGGCACCUGAGGCCUUGUUUGACCGGAUCUACACCCAUCAAAGUGAUGUGUGGUCUUUUGGGGUACUUCUGUGGGAAAUCUUCACUCUGGGUGGCUCCCCAUAUCCUGGUGUGCCUGUGGAGGAGCUCUUCAAGUUGCUGAAGGAGGGUCAUCGUAUGGACAAACCCAGUAACUGCACCAAUGAGCUGUACAUGAUGAUGCGAGAUUGUUGGCAUGCAGUACCCUCUCAGAGGCCUACCUUCAAGCAGCUAGUAGAAGACCUGGACCGCAUUGUGGCCUUGACCUCCAACCAGGAGUAUCUGGACCUAUCAAUGCCCCUGGACCAAUACUCCCCCAGUUUUCCUGACACCCGAAGCUCUACCUGCUCCUCCGGGGAGGAUUCUGUCUUCUCUCAUGAGCCGUUGCCUGAGGAGCCUUGUCUGCCCCGACAUCCAGCCCAGCUUGCCAAUGGUGGACUCAAACGACGCUGACUAGUCCCCUAGCACUCCCCUUCCCUGAACUCUUGUCAUCAGCUGUGACCCUCACCCACCGCUCCAUGUUGGACUCACUGCCUUCCCCUUGGCCCCGUCCCUUCUGGCAUUAGCCAGCUGCCUACUUGAGGCCUUCCUGUAUAGCCUGCCUUCCUCUCCAAACCCACUCCCCACUCCACUGAGCUCACCCCUGCUCCCCCUCUCAGCCUGCGUGUAACAGCGAGGGGCAGAGAGGCAGGUACUGACUGACUUGGCUGUUGGCCACAUUUUCGCCACCCUCACCUUCCCCCCACCCCCCAAUGUUGGACCAAGACUUCCUUCCUGUGACCUGGUACUGCCUGUAGGGUUGGGGUGUGGGAGCUGAGCAGGCACGCAAGCGAGAGCCAACUAAUCUGUCUUGUGUUGGUUUCAUGUGCUUUGCUGCAAAGGAAAGCCCCUGUGUUCUGAUGGUAGAGACCUCAGUAGGAGGUGACCUCUGCUCCAGAUAAACGGUACCAGUGGCUUAUUAAUUCCGAUACUAAUUUGCUUUGCUGACCAAAUACCUGGUACCAGAGGAUGAGGAGGCCAAGGCUGGAAACAGUGUUAUGGCCCUGGGGCCCAGCCCCUAACCAGGGGCUUUGUACAUAGCUAUGGAGAAAACACAAAGUGUAUAAAUCUGAGUAUAUAUUUACAUGUCUUUUUAAAAAGGGUCAUUACCAGAGGUUUACCCAUUGGGUAAGAUGCUCCUGGUGGCUGGGAGGCAUCGGUUGCUAUAUAUUAAAAAAAAACAAAAAGGAAAAAAAAAAGAAAAAAGAAAAAAAAAAAGGAAAAUGUUUUUAAAAAGGUCAUAUAUUUUUUGCUACUUUUGCUGUUUUAUUUUUUUAAAUUAUGUUCUAAAACCUAUUUUCAGUUUAGGUCCCUCAAUAAAAAUUGCUGCUGCUUCA